AUGCUCUAUCGUCAACUCAGCAAGCUCGCCGUCGUCGGCGAGAGGUCGGAGGCCCCCAAGGCCAACCAAUCUCGACUUCGACGUCCAACCCCAUACUCGAUCGAGCACUAUCGACAUGAAGGAGUGCGCGCCUCCAAAGACGACAAUCCUCCGGUCGACUCGCCGAGAGGCAGAUCACAAUCAUCGACAUGGACGCCUACUCGCACCCGGGCUCCCACCCCCCAUCCCAGUGCCACCAAGUCGCGCCGCAGAGAGGAGGAGAAAACUGUUCAGUGGACGGAUUCGUUAGAGCAGGAGUCGCCCGUGCAGAAGAGCGUUCCAGCGACCGCAUUAUCGGAGAGAAAAUCGGCCAUGAAAAGGCAGACAACAACCGAGCAAAAGGAAGCAAGCUUCACAGAGAAAGAGGAGGAUCGACCCGACAAUUCGUCAGAAGAACCAGCCAUGCCGAAGACUGAUGAGGAAGCGACAUUAACGGAGGCCCAGCCUCGUGCCCUGCGUCGAGACAGGCGCUCUUCGAUCCCUAGACAAAAGUUCAUUGUCUCGAGGAACAUAUCGAAGCCAAUUGCUCUUCCUUCAACCGUUCCGAAUCGACCACCCAGCCCCCUUAUUCCCCAAGCAGUCCCUGCGCCAUUACGCCUUUCCCAACGCCGGCACCGGGGCCAAGCCAUUUCUUCAUCAGCUUCUGCAGCUGCAGUUACGUCAUCAAAGGCCAGAUAUGACCACCAACCCGUCUCAAAAGCGACACGCGACUUCUCGUUUGACGACAAGCCGGAAGCCAUUACCGUCAGCUUCGGCUCCGCCCACCAGAGUCACGAAUCCAACACAACCAAGGACCGUUCGGUGUCCUCUCAGCCACCCUCGUACCUGCAGAUGAAACCCAAGCGCAGCGGUACCACCAGGGCCCGUCCAACACCCCCGGAGGCUGUGCGAGAACCAGUUUGCGCGGAAGAUUGCAAAGAGAUUAAGCCCGCUGCUUCUCUGCCCAAGUCCUCAUCAACCCAGACCUUCGCUACAGCCAAGAGUUUCUGGGCCGAGAAAAGUGCCGGUACCAGUGUCAGUGACCGCAAUACUUCCCAGUCCAAGUCCACUUCCACUUCCAAGCCUUCCGCCAAAAGUUUCUGGAGCGAUAUCAGUGCCUCGAGCAGUUGUGUGGCUGUUGUGUCCGGUUAUAAUUCUGAGACUCCUAAGCCGGCUUUGCCCCGUAAUGCUAGGGACUUGCCCAAGACGUUCAUGGUGUCGAACUUGUCGAGGUAUACGGUGAAUGGAGGUGGCCGUUCGGGUGAAAAGCGUAGUACCGAGUGUACAAAUGGUAAUGGUAACGUCAGUGUGUCCUCCGUGUCCGGUUCGUCGACUGCCGUCAUGGAGAGUUCAUCCACGAGCACGAGCUCGUCAUCGGCUUUGUCUUAUCGCUCAGCCCAAAAUGACAAGACCGCCCCUGGGAAAAGGAGCAGCAGCAAGAUUCCAUUGCCCAAGCCCCAGGACCAUUCCAAGCCUGCCGCUGCUUCAUCAGUUAGUGCCGCUUCCAAGAGCUCCACCGAUACUUCAUCCUACCGCACCGCCAACAGCCAUCUCAGCGCCACCAGCGCCAGCAACUCCAAUACCAGCGCUUCAAACCACAUGGCCGCCAACUCUACCUCCAUCGAAGCCGAGUACAUCCUAACCAUCCAAUCCGACCUGUGGAAUGAGAUCAUGGACUUCUGUCGCUCUGACUCGUCUUCUCUGAUGCCAGGAGAGCAGCGGUACUGCGAUUGCGACGAUUGCGUCUGGGGAGGGGAGCGAAAUGUAGAGGAGUGCAGCACCGUGGCGAGGGUUGGGGAGGGGAAGUGUAGGGCGAGGAGGGAGUAG